AUGCUCAAGCCAAUCAUUUUAUUGAUUUUCAUCACCAUCGCUUCAAGCUACACCAUCACCCAAUCAGACGUGCUCUGGAUAAAUUCCUUGAAAUCGACUGCUCAGGCGUAUUAUAAUCGGGCUUGGUGGAGACGGCAGAAUGUAGAAGCUGCUAGAAGAGUCGCGGUGACGACAGUAAUGCCCGCAUUGUAUACGAAAUUCUUGGACCGAAGUGCGGCUAAGCCGAGUCAUACCAGGCCCAUACCCUCACGCGGCUACAACCAAUAUUUGACCAGUGGCCCCGAAUGGACUCCAGAACCACUGGUGGUCACAGCGUCGUGUGCGGUCUCCCCAAGCAACAGCUUUGCUGGA